CGAGACCGCGGCCAGCCGAGAAGCAGCAAUGUUUCCUCACAUGUAUAAAGUCAGACCGCGUGGCAGCGUAGAGCGCAGUUCAGGCGACGAAGGGAAGGCAGAGUGGCAGGGCGAGAGCUGCUGGCGGCGCAACAGCCUCAGUAACAAGUGGCCGCCCCCAUCAGAGCUACAGGACGGCGUCAGGCAGAGCAACAUGGCAGAGCAACAUGGUCAGAGUUGCCCCAGCAGCGGCACCAUGGCUGCAUGUCCCCCCGCUCUGCCUGCUCCGCCCCCUGAUGCCCAAGACGAUCUCAACAAGGGUUGUGGUGGCAGUCCUGUGAGGUGGAGUGCACGCCAGCGCUCUGUGAGCGGGAGCCCGACGAGUGAGCCCGGAGUGCCGCCCCGGCCGUGUACGCCCCGCGCUCGUCCUGUUCGGGAGGAAGAUGCCACCCUGCUGGUGCCUGACGGAGGUCGAGGCGUCCGGUCUAGAACACUGGCCAGGUGGGGAGGGAUCAUAAAGAAGUUGGUGAUGGGGGACAAAAGUGAGAACUUCGUGGAGCAGGACACGCAGAGUUCAGACUCGAGAAUACGGAGUAGUCCUUCCUCCGCUACCGCUUCGCCACGCGUGAGACGAAGAUGGCCGCCUGCAGAGUCCGGCAACAGCAGCAGCCUGAGUGACCUGCGGCAGAUGGAGGCGUCAGAGGCCUCCGAUUCUGAGGUGAGGAAAUCGUCUCCUCUGCCCCCGCGACCUCGCUCUCGAGGACCACCACCCUCCGAAGGACACACCGCCAUCAUCCCGGGAGAAAUCGUGCCUCGUUCUAGAGGACCACCACCCUCCGAAGGACACACCGCCAUCAUCCCGGGAGAAAUCGCGACACAAAAAUUGACGACUCGCGCUGUGCCAAGUUCAGCUGAGGGUCUGAGCCAGAGUUCUGCGCCGUAUGACUCUCUCGAGGACAGAAAAACGUUGCCAGAGUCUCUGGCACAUACUGAUGCCUUGGAUCUAAUAGGAAAUGAAAUUUCAGAGACUGUUAAACCGGGGUAUUUAGCUGUCUCGAGGCUAUCAGUUCCUAGAGAUCCCGUAGCAAUUCAAGACGGAAGAAAGUCUGACGAACAGAUCUCGCAGCCUGUACCAUCAGUUCUUCCGGCCGAGCUUGCACCGUACCGCAGAGAUGGGAGCUCACAGAGACAAGAUAUUGCCUCUGAUGCAACUCUGAGCCAAGUGUCCGAGUACUCAAGAGGCUAUGGAGACGGAGCUCCUGAGUCCAAAGUUCCAUCUUCGACCAUGGAAGUUCCGGCGGCGCCUGAAGUCUCCUCGGAAUGGCAAUCCCUGCUCGGUGACGCUCUAUCCUCGCAUAUUCUGGACGAUAUUACCGACGACGUCGAUUUGGACCUCAGUAAGAACGCGUUCUUCCAGACAGAAACUCCGACGGCGUUGUUUCAGGGAGGUGCUGUGAGCUACAUACCAUCGUCCAAAAUGGAGUUCCUUGAGAAACAGCGAGAGGAAGACAAGAAAUAUAUCCUGAACGCUCUUGAUGAAGAAGAAGCUAAACUAAAGGGGACGAUCACGUCUUCUCAUUCAGAAAAUAAAGAGAAUAAAAAACUUGAAGUCUGUGAUGAAGAAAACGAUAGGCCAUACAGUCCCGGCCCUCCCAUCUUCAAGAAAGACUUGGAGCGCCACCGCCAGAGGGUCAAGGAAAAUCACGAAGAAGAUGAACCGAAGCCGCCGGUGCGUAAGUCUAUUUUAAAGAAGACCCCCACGGGGACCAUCAUACCCGACGACGAAGUUGCUACUGACGACGCAGCUGAAGGCCUGAAGAAGCGCCCUAAGGAAGUCACGUACGACCAAUCCACGCCGAGAAAAUCGAGCAGAAACAAACAAAAAGUCAACGGCUGUGACGCAGAGAAUUUAGCAGAAACUUCAGAUGCCCGAAACCAUCCUAAAAGCAAGGUCUCGGACACCAACGAAGAUAAAACCGAAGCAAAAGAAAAGGAAACAAGUCACAAACAGGAACCGAAAAUAAUGGUCGAAAAGUCACCCACUCCAUCUCACGCUCCUCUUCCCCCUCCUCCUCCCCCUAAAGUAGGGCCUCCCCCUCCUCCACCACCACCACCUGGAUCCAAGUCGGAUGGAAGCGUUCCGAAGGCCCCUCCUCCUCCCCCUGGCAGCGUGCCCCCUGCGCCCCCCAAGCCCUUCGGCAGUAAAGUGGACCCGGGGGCGGCGCUGCCCAAGAUCAGGCAGGGGCACCUGGACAACAUUAAGAAGGCGGUGCGCACGACGCGCCCUGACUGGCAUGCCCUUAUGAAGAACCUGGAGGCCGGCGUGAAGCUGAAGCAUGUCGCAGAGAUCAGUGACAGAUCGAAGCCUAUUCUCCCUGGAUCACGGGGAAAGAACGGAAAGUUCGUGUACGAGAGCGAGAAGCCUACGAUCGUGAACGAGCUGCUGCAUGAGAUCCAGCGCGGCGUGAAGCUGCGCCGCGUGCGCACCGACGACAGAAGCAAGCCAGACUUCAACAGACUUGGUCUGAAGAAAUUCCGUCGUCAAGUCACCGUAGAAGAGAAGAAGAAAGUCAAGCCAGAAGAUCCUGACGCUCUGCCAUCUUCUUCUGACGACGAAGAGGACAUUGAUCGCAUGAGGGACGAUUUGGAAGCAACCAAAACGCAGCUUGCCGAUGAAAUCAAAAAGACGCAAAAGCUCGAACGGGAGAAAAAAGUUCUGAAAAUCGAUAUCGAAGCUUUGCACAGCGAGAUAAGGAAGUUGAAACGGCAACUAAAGGAGGUCGGAAUUGAAGACAAACCCAUGGUUAACGGUGAAGAAGGAAUCAUGCCGAAACUGAAUAAGUCAAUGAGCAAACUCAGGAUGAGUGAGAAGGAUAUACUGGACACUGACGAGCUUGAUACUCUCGAGUCGGAAAUUAAAGAACUGAACGGACAAAUCGAAUCACAAAGAAUGCGGGCAGAUGCAUUCGAGAAUAAAAUGUUUGAGUUGGAAGAAAAACUUAAGGUAGCUAACGCGGCGAGUGAUGAGUGGGAAUGCAGGUCCAUCUUCUUCGAGAAAAAAUUUAAAGCUUUGCAGAAAGACCAAUCUAUUGAACUACCAGACAUCGGCAUUGUUGGUACCCAGACGGAUCCUGUAGACGUAAUUAUGCCGGAAACUAAAGAUCAGCUGCAUCAUUCCGUGAAUGCUUUGGAUGGCUUCGGUGCGGCUGCUAGGAAAUCUGGAUCCAGGAGAAGUUUCGCUUCACAGAUUAACCGAAUGGAAAGUUUCCAAGAAGCGAGCGAUGAAGAGACAUCUUCUUCAUCUGAAGAAGAAUCCGAAGAGGGUGAAGAUUCUAACGAGGAAGCAGAUGAUGACCAAACUAUUGCUGAGGACAUGGACGGUCUCACUGAGGAAGAACGAGAAGCGAAACGAGUACAAAACGAGACUAGACGACUUGAGCGCGAUCGAGAGUUUUGGGCCAACAAGCUUGAACAUAUGAAAGCUAAGGAAGCUAAUGUCAUCAAAGAGCGUAAUAACCUACGUGAGCGGAUAAAGAAAUUCUACAGAGACAUGCACCAAGAGAGAGUUGAUUAUCUCAAGUCGAAAAAUGAACUUGAUGAGUUGGUGAGACAAUUGAAGGAUCCAGAGGAACUGGCAGCAGAAGAAGACGAGGAUGAAGAAGACGAAGAGGAAGAGGAAAACCAUGAUGAUGAGCCUGGCUGGUGGUUUGAUAAACCAAACCUCAAACCAAAGAAGCUCAAAAAGAAGAAAGUAAAGAGGCUGAACGCCGACGGUGAAGAAGAGGAAGAAGAAGAGUCGGAGGAGGAAGAUUUGGAAGAUCUCACUCAGCUCGAGGAGCCAUGCUGGUCUGACACUGAGGGCGAGGAAAGUGAUCCUGACGAUGAAAAUGAUUCCUUGCAGGUGAGAAUUAAUUUCUUGCAAUCUCGGACCAAGAAGCACGAAGAUAAAAUGGCGGCAAUCAAGAAAAACUGCUACCUUCUGAAGGCCGAAGUUGACAGUUGCAAAGAGAAGUACAACACUGAGCGUAUCCGACGCCGACGACUAGAGGAAGAAUUGAAUAUGUUAGUGUCAGAUAUGCCGUAAAGUGUUGCGUUUCGAUGAUAUUGUGCGUGUUGAAUUUGUACACUUCGCCAUAGAACUUUCGCCAUAGAACGAAUAUAUCAAUAUAACCAAACGAUCGAUGCUGUGCGCCACAGUUACCGUGUCGGAGGGUAAGCCGAGUUUAAAUCUUUCAUUUCUCCUGCAUACCAGCCAGUAUCGCCGUUUGAUCAAGUACGACAAAUUUUAAAAUCCAUACUUAGCAAUGAGCUAUAUCGGCUUUGCAUCGAUGUUUUUCCUGCCCAGUGCUCCCAACAACUUCUUUUCUAGGAUGAAAUUUUGAAUAAAUAAGUAUCUGUUUCGUAAUGGGGCUUUGUAUUGUAUAACUUGUAAAUAUGUCUAUUGUGAACAGAUAACGGUUUUGCAUGGUUGGUAAUUGAAUUCGUGUGCACUACAAAGUUAGGUACAAAUUAGGCUCAUCGUAUACUGCACAUGAAAAUUUCGAACACAGUCGUUCUCCGCUGCAUGCUCGGUAGGAGUUUUUGUAUGCAUAACGAGUAUCGGAGCAUUUUUUCUCGUUAAAAAAAAAUUUGCUGCAAUUAUAAAAUCACCUCAUGAGUGUCAACAGUCACACUUGUGCCAAAAUCCUCUUAAGUAUCAUUGAAUCUUAAAUUAUUGAGAAAGCGCAAUAAAAAUCUAUUGCCUUUAUCGUCAAAUAGUUCGUAUCCAUAUAUCAAAGACCCAUCCCAUCUGUUCAUAAUCCAAUUGGCCUAUUUUUCAUGCGUGCUUUGCGUUUGUUAAGAACCUAAUCUAUGUGAGGUAGUAGGUAAAGCUACAUUACUACCAUGUCUUAUCUAUGUAUUGCCGUUUAAGUCUAAUUUGUAAUAAAGAAAGUCUGCGUU